CGGCUCGGCCGGGUGGCCGGGAAGACCAAAUACACGCUGAUCGAUGAGCAGGACAUCCCGCUGGUGGAAAGCUACUCCUUUGAGGCCCGAAUGGAAGUGGAUGCAGAUGGAAAUGGUGCUAAGAUAUUUGCCUAUGCCUUUGACAAGAACCGAGGAAGGGGCUCUGGGAGACUCCUUCAUGAACUGCUGUGGGAGCGGCACCGGGGUGGCGUGGCCCCGGGCUUCCAGGUGGUGCACCUCAACGCUGUGACUGUGGACAAUCGCCUGGACAACCUGCAGCUGGUGCCGUGGGGCUGGCGGCCCAAGGCUGAAGAGACCUCCAGCAAACAGAGGUGGGUCUUCUCAGGGCCCGGUGAUGCCGGCAGAGGUGCCUUUUGAGGAGGGCCACCUCCAAAGCUCUUGUUUCCAAGAGGGUCUCGUGUUCCUCCUCUGAGCCCUGAUGCUUCUGUGUGUUUUGGGACGUUCAUUGUUUUUCCCCAAAGUGUGGAAUCCUUCUUUUCUUCAUGGGAGCGGGAAGGAUCUAGGUAUGUGUUUUUGCAUUGCUCUUCUGAUAACUGGCUCUGGGAACCUCCCUUUAGCUGACAUGACAAAGUGGGGAGAAGGGCUGCCUGCUCCAGGGCAGGGCCAGCGCUGGGACUCAGUGUGAGCAGGGCUUCUGCCCCACACCCCGGGAGGCAUCAGCCGCCUUUCCUCACCUCAGGAUUCCUCCCUUCUCUCCUCAUCUCAGGAUUUCUCCCUUCUCCCCUCACCCCAGGAUUCCUUCCUUCUCUGCUUACCUCAGGAUUUCUUCCUUCUUUCUUCACUUCAGGAUUCCUUUCUGUGCACACAGAUGAGUCUUUUUGUUGUGUUGUUUUGCUAAACAGUUUUCCUUAAGCAAAGGUUUAAAGCAGAAUGUGUGGUUCAGGGCUCAGCCCUUGGCCCCCCACUUGCCUGUGAUCCUGAAAGCAGUGCUUUGCAUGGGCUUCCCACGUGGGAAGGCAGUUCCUGUUGGCCCUAGAACCAGCCAGGCUGUGAACUUCACGGAGCCCUUGGGAAGAGCCGAGGGACCAGCAGGAUGGGGGUUGGGAACCCAGUUGAGCCAGGGAGUCCCCAGCCACACACGCUUCGCUGACAUGUUCCCCGGUCGCCCUGGGGCUUCUGGGCAUGUCCUCAAGCCUCUGGGCAGCCUUUCCUGGUGCAAGCAGUGCCAACUGCCCUAGCAGAUGGUUGUCAGCAACGCUGGUAAGGUUUAGUGUUUUGGGGCUUGGUGAUGGUUGGUGGCUGUGGGUAGAAUAUUUGCAGUUGUCACCUCAGGGUCAUGCUAGAGCCCCGUGCAGCCGAGGUGGAACAGUGGGAGCACCUGAGACACUGGUUGGUGAUGUGGGGACAGUCCCCAGGUCUCCAAAAUGCCACCCCCAAACUGCUGUUCCUGCCACCCUGGAGGGAGUCCUGCAAGUCCCCCCAUCCCCUCCUCACUGGGCCUCUCAGGGUGAAGGCAGAGCCUGCAGUGUCUUUCAUUCUUGUUGGGCUAGUGGUUUUGUUCCCUGCUCUGUUUAUUUCAUGUAAUUAAUUAAUUUUACAGAUGGGUCUCACUGUGUUGCCCAGGCUGGCCUCAAACUCCUGGCUUCAGGGAAUUCUCCUG